UGUCCCCAUGUUGUCUUCCAUGGACAGGCUGCAGAUGCUGGAGGCCAUCUGCAAACACUGGGAGGGCCCCAUCAGCCUGGCGCUCUACAUGUCCGACGCCGAGGCCCAGCAGUUCCUCCGCUACGCCCAGGCCUCCGAGGUCCUCAAGAACCGCAAGAACGUGGGCUACCACGUCGUCUACAAGGAGGGCCAGUUCUACCCCGUCAACCUGGUCCGCAACGUGGCGCUGAAGAACGCCAACACGCCGUACGUCUUCCUGACCGACGUGGACUUCCUGCCGAUGUACGGCCUCUACGAAUACCUCAGGAGGUCCGUGGUGCAGCUGGACAUGGUCCACACUAAGAAGGCUCUGGUGGUUCCGGCGUUCGAGACCCUUCGGUACCGUCUGUCCUUCCCCAAAUCCAAAGCCGAGCUGCUCUCCAUGCUGGACAUGGGGACUCUUUACACCUUCAGGUAUCAUGUGUGGCCCAAAGGUCACGCUCCGACCAACUACGCCAAAUGGCGGACAGCCACCACGCCGUAUCGGGUGGAGUGGGAGCCGGACUUUGAGCCGUACGUCGUGGUGAGGCGAGACUGUCCCGAGUACGACCAACGCUUCGUCGGCUUCGGCUGGAACAAGGUGUCUCACAUCCUGGAGCUGGACGCACAGGAGUACGACAUGAUGGUCCUCCCCAACGCCUUCAUGAUCCACAUGCCCCACGCUCCGAGCUUCGACAUCUCCAAGUUCCGCUCUAGCUCCAGCUACCGCAACUGUCUGAACACGCUGAAGGACGAGUUCCACCAGGACCUGUCCAGGAAGUACGGCUCGGCUGCUCUCAAGUACCUCACGGCUCAGAGGACCAUCUAAAAGAGCAGAACCACGGGGAGCCGGCGAGUCCCUCGGGCCUCUGGACGAGGUCCCAGAGUUCGGACAGACUCGUGCUGCCGCUGCACUGCGCCGCCGGGCAGAGAACAAUAACGGUAAAGCUUUACAGCCCUUUGGAACGUUCUCGGGCUCCUGUGCAUUGAAGGGUAGCUCCGUUUCCUUCCUGUCUGGACCAUAUUUUCUGAAGGUUUUGGGUCUAAGUGGUUGGUGUGGACAACAUUCUUUGAAGUUGGUCCAGCGUUGAACGAGAACGCUGUGAUCAGCAGCCGUGGACCGGGCUGAAAUGCAACACCAAAGGACUUUUUGAAGAGUAAAAUCCUCUUUGUUUAACCAGAAACGGCGCCAAGGUUUGCCAAUCCCACCAGACUCCAUGUAAAUAAUCACUACUUUUAGCGUG